UUGAGCGCGAGAAUUCCACGCGGGCGGACGGGGCGGAUGAACGAUAUCGGUCUUUUCUUUUCGGUUUAAUUCAGGUGUCGAAAAUAGCGAUAAGAACUGAAUUCGUUUCGAAACACAAAAAAACAAAAUGUGUGCGGCGACAAGCGCUUCAAUUAGCAUUUAGAAAAGCCGCAUCAUCAUCGCGAUCCCAUCAUUAAACUCCCUAUAGAUGGAGGAGGACGUGCUGAACGCCCUGCAGACGCGGAGUGCCUACUUAUCCGGCGGAUUCGAUCGCCAGAAGCGCAUCAUCUUCGUUGUCAACGCGUUCAACGAUCUGCAGCUGUGGAAUCGCCGCUAUCUGCAGGUGACUCUGGACUAUCUGAAGCGGUCUCUCAGCGCUUCGGUGUUGCAGAAUGGCGUCAGUGUGGUGGUCAAUGCCCAGGAGAGCAGUUCGCGGAUAUCGCGGCAGCAGGUGCGCCAGAUCUACGCCCUCUUCGGGGGCGACAUCAAUGUGGAUCUGUAUCUAGUCAGGGCGGAGGGCUUCUGGGAGAAGCAUGUGGAGCCGUGCACCAAGUCCCAGGUCAAGGGAGAGCCCCUAGUGCUGUCGAAGGCGAGGCUGUUCAAGUUCAUAGAGCCGCAGAACCUGCCCGAGGAACUGGGCGGCACCUUGCAGUUCAACUACGAUCUGUGGCUGCAGCAGCGCAAGUCCAUCGACGAGUUCACCAAGUCGCAUGUGCAGACAUUGGCUUCGAUGGAGAAACUAUUGGCUCUUCUGCGGGAGCACAAGUCUCUGCGGCCGGCGGAAGCGGAUGUGGAGCUGAAGAAGUGCGCCCAGAUGCAUGCCGGAGUCCAAAACGACAUAGAGUCCGCCAUCGACUUGGGUAACGCGAUCUUGGCCCGCUUCAACGAGGUCUACGAGACGCAUUCACCGCCGCCACAAGCGGUCGCACCUGCCUCGGAGUCCCCAGUGGGUCCCCCGCCCAUCCCCGCCCACUCCGCCACUGCAGCUUCCCCGCAGAAGCCCCUCCUGCCACCAGAUCUCGUCUGUGAGCGCGCCCGCAUCGAGUUGCGAUUGAAUGAGAUCGAGAAGAAGCAGACGGCCAUCCGGACUGCCUGGCUGGAACUGCUGCGAUCUCUGAGGGAGGCACGCGAGCUCAGUACUUUGGAGGAGGGGGUGUCCUUCGUCACCAACUGGAUCCUGCAAGAGGCCGAGCUGUUGCUCAGCCGCCAAAGGAGCGUUGCCGGUGAUUUCAGGGGAUGUGAGGCACUGCGUUCUGCUCACGAUCAACUGGAACUGGAGUGCCGGGAAACCUACGGUUGCUAUGCGGAGCUGCUCUAUAAGAUCGAAAAGCUUGCCGCUGAGAGGCAGGCAUCUUCGAAGGAUAUGGACCGGUGCCAGGAUCUUCUCUCGCAGCGAGACUUCAUGCAGUUCGUGUGUCGCUCCUUUGCAAAGCGAUUGGAACGACGGAGAAAUGUACUGAUGACCGCCCUCAGGUUCCAUCGCCUCCUUGAUCAAUUUGAGGAUUUGCUGGCCACCGGUGACCAUGUGGUGGAGGUGGACAGUCGAUCGCUUGACUGGACCGAGGCUGACCAGCUACUCACGCAGCUCACUAACAACCAGGAAAUGCUGGGCCACGUCGAACGCGAACUUGUGCGUGAAGGUGAAAAGCUGAGCGACAUGCUGGCCAUGCCGGUGAAAGACGCUCUGGGCCGUGACCUCCAGCUGGACUACAGUGCCGAGAUCGCCCAGCUGCGCCGGCAGAUCGACGAGAGCCGGCGGCGUCGUCAGGUGUGCGGACAUCGGCUGGCGCUGCAGCGGCUCACCUUGGAGCAGGUGACCCACAUCCAUGCCUACGAGGAGGACGCGCGGAGGGCGCGGGACUGGCUGCAGGAGUUGUAUGCCGUCUUGCUGCGGUGCCACUCCCAUGUCGGCUGCAACAUCCACGAGAUUCAGCUGCAGAAGGACGAGCUGCAGGGGUUCGAGGAAACCGGACGGAGCAUCUACCACUAUGGUUGCCAAUUGCUGGAGGCUGCCCAAACGCUGCGCCUCUGCUGCAAACUGGAAGCAUCAGGAUCCAGGUCACAAAGCCAUCCCAGUCAGAGUUUCAUUAGUGACGAACUGCAGCACACGUGGCACAGUCUGCAGUCUGUGGCCCAGGAGCAAAUGACCAGACUGCGCGUCUCCGCCGUUUUCCACCGCAGUGUGGAGGCCUACUAUCGCCAGCUGAGGGAACUUCGACCCCUUUUGACCCAGGAACUGUCCGCGCAACUGCAGCAGCAGCAGAGACAGCAGCACAACCGCAGUAGCAGUGGAAUAAGCAGCGAUGCCGAGGCGGAAUUGGAAUCGGAGCUGUCUCCUUUGGCCGAAGUGCCUCCGCGACUACAGAGGCACUUGGUGGCCAGGGAGCAGCUGCUCGUCGAAGUGGGCAGAAUGGUCAGACUGGGAAGACUGCUGAAGAAGCGUCUCAAAGAGCCCUUCGUUCUGGAUGCAUUAACAGGAAAGAGAUUUCGUAAUUUGUUUGCCAAAUCAAAGGGCGACGAGGAAGUGGAGCAGGAGCAGGAGCAGAUUGCCCCCCGGCCGGAAGUGCCCAGCAUUGUGGUGGAUGAACCGCCCAAUGAGGUCGAGGUUUCAGUGGAGGAAGGUGAAGAUAAAUCCCCAAACGAAGCCCAUAAUCAGGCUAAUAGCUCUGCUCCUCUGGCCAGCGAAGAGGAGGAUUUGGCACAGAGUCCCAAUGAGAUCCUAAGUGAAUCCUCAAGCGAUCUAAGUCAACUUUUGGAGGCCAUAAAUGAGGCCAGUAAACUACCCGAGCUGAGCAGCGAAGAUACCCAAGGUGAAGAUGAGGACUACGAGGAUGACGAUGAUGAUGAUGAGACAGCCAGCACUUCAAGUGUCAAGACCAAAAUAGCCAAGGCCUCAAUAGAAAGGGAUAUUAUCUUGGAGGAAACCGAAGAGGACGAGGAGGACGAGGAUGAGGUAGAUUCAGGACCGGCGCUGAAGAGUCUGGACAAGAUCAAGGCCCUCAUCCGCAACGAUAGUGAAACAUAUCCGCACAGCGACUAUACCGAUAAUGAAACGCCAUCACACUCACGCACUGCCUCAGUGGAUUCCGGAGCUCCCGAUAAUCCCCGUCUCUCUGGUGAUUUCAGUGUCGUGGCUGAUGAACUGCCCCUGGAUUGCACUGCACCCAGUCCACUCCAUGACAGUGGCAGGACCAGCAGUGCUGGAAGCGAGAUUCCCGGGGAAUCCCCGCCAGCCACUGUGGAAGUGGUGCCCACGGGUAGCAACGAACUGGCCUGUGCCGCCAUUUCCCACAAGCUGGGAGCCAUUGCCGAGGUGGCCGAGUCCCUGGACGCAGUCAUCCGGGAUGUCCAGCAGCAGGAAGGCGUCGCUGGCAAUGGAAUUAGCAACGGCACUGGAGGUCAUGGCAUCAAAAAACUGGGCAGCAUUGAGGAUUGGCACUCCCGCUCCACCGAGGACGAAUCCUUCGCCACCGCCUCCGAGGGCAACUUUACGCCGAAUUCGCACUCCUCAUCGUUCCAAACCGCCUCGGGACGCACUAGCUCCUACAUAGGUUCGGCCAAGAACUCCUUCGAUGAGGCGGACGACUCUACUUUGAGCACAUUCGAAAUACCCGAACUACCACCCUCGCCAGUCAAUAUGUCCUUCGAUAGCUCCGAUAUGAGCUACUUCUCCGCCCAUCAGCAGCGGAUGAAGAGUGAGGACCAGGACAGUGUGGUGGGCGUGGCAGAGCUGCAUAGUCAGAGUGUAACGCCCACUCCGGACGAGGAGCAGCAGCACCUGAUGCUGCCACUGCCAUUGCCACAGGCCAUCGAAUCGGAUAGCGAGGUGGAAGGAUUCAGUCUGGCCACGGGCAUUACCACGGAGCUAACGCCCAGGAUGUCCAAUGCCCACACGCCGGAGGUGAGCUACCCAUCCGCAGAUAACACCGCUCCAGCUUCCACUAACCCCAACGAAUCGAAACCGCCGCCUUCCUGGCGACGCAGCAAAUACUACGAGAACAUAACGAAACAGACGAUCAAGGGAUUUCUCUGAGAGAUCUGGACCACCUGCCCCAGCUGAAAGAUGAACACAAAACGAUUUCCCGCCCAAUUAACCAGCGCCAUUUGCUUCUCUGCCGAUCCUCGACAUUCUUGCCAUUAAUUAGUUGGCAUAUUAUUUUUGCUGUUUUCCCAAAACCAAUUUUAGCCCAUGAGCUAAAAGUUUUUGCCUGUUUUGUUUUGUUUGACAUUUUACUUUGCAUGAUUGUUCACUGUUUUCUACCAAAAUUGAUUAGUUCUGUUGAACUUUAGCUUAAAACAUACUAAAAUGCUUAAGCAUUUAUUUUACUAUGAUUUGUUUCUUGCUUAUAUUUUCUCUGCUUGAAAACUAGUAGUAGAAAUAUUUAUUUAGUUAGUUCAAAUUAAGUCUAAGGCUUGCGAAAUUAGAGAAUUCCAAAAUGAUUAGGAAAUAUAUUUUAAAUAUUUAUAGUAAAAAUCUAAAUUCAGUUACAGCCAGUCGAAAUUUUCGCCAUUAAUCAUAUGUUUAAUAUUUAUUUAUAACUAUUUCUCCCACACAGUCACAAAACAU